AUGAAGGGCGUAGUCCAUCAAGGUUUUAGGCGGUGUAAGUUCGCCACUCAAACGAGAACAACUGAGGACAUGAAGCCCGGUCAGACCCACUUCGGGUACCAAGUUGUUAAUGAAGAAGAAAAAUCCAAAAAAGUUCAUGAGGUAUUCGAGACGGUUGCAGAGAAGUAUGAUCUGAUGAAUGAUGUUAUGUCAGCUGGCAUUCAUAGGCUGUGGAAGGAUAUAUUCAUACAGAGACUUGCUCCUGUGCCAGAAACAAAGCUACUAGAUAUGGCUGGGGGCACCGGUGAUAUAGCAUUCAGAUAUAUUAAAUACCUACAGAACCUAAAUGCCACCGACGCGGGGCGUAGCAGCGUCACCAUCUGCGAUAUCAACCAACACAUGUUAGACGUCGGAAAAGUGAGAGCAAAGAGGCUUGGUUACACAGAUGAAUCGUGCGGAGUGGAUAUAGACUGGGUCUGUGCUGACGCGGAGAAGCUCUCCUUUGCGGAUGAAAGUUUCAAUGCGUACACCAUCGCAUUCGGCAUAAGGAACUGUACACACGUAGACAAAGUGCUAGAUGAAGCUUACCGUGUGCUGUCGCCGGGCGGUCGGUUUAUGUGUCUCGAGUUCAGUCAACUGCCGAACGACACAUUACAGUGGGUCUACGAUCAGUAUUCCUUUCAAGUGAUCCCAGUACUUGGUCAGCUGUUUGCCGGACAAUGGAAACCCUACCAAUAUCUAGUUGAAAGCAUCAGGCAGUUCCCUAAUCAGGAGAAAUUCAAAUCCAUGAUUGAAGACGCCGGCUUCAGACAAGUAACAUAUGAGAAUCUUUUGUUUGGCACAUGCGCUAUACAUUCAGGGUUCAAGAUUUAA